CGAAGAGCUGUAGUUCUUCUUCUCCUUCAGUUUCCGGCAUUUUGGACGCUGUCCAGCGUAUUACUGCCCUCCACAGGUCCGAUGAAUGACUACAUUUUUACAUAUAGUCCUGUUCUAUGCAGGAACUGCAGAACUGCCCUAGAGAUCAGUUUAUGAUUAUCAGUGCCCAAACAGGGAACAAACUGAAAAAGCCUGACCUCCAAGUCCCAAGACCAACAGUCUACCAAAUAGUGCAUGUCUUUCUGUCCUAUAUUUUCUACACUCCAGAAAAACCUGUUUUACUGUCUCAGAACUCCCACAUUCACAUAAACCAGAAACAUGUUUUCCUACAAUAAAUAAAAAAAUAUUUAGCCCACAGUGACCCAGCCUCAAUCUACACAGUUUACUCAGCUCGGGCAGCACCCAAUAUGGCAUAGGUAGCCAGCUUGUAUGUUCCGCUACACUAACCUGUUCCAAACCCAGCCGCACAGCCCACUGAUUUAUAUUUACAAAAAAUGUUUUAUACUUAUUGGCUCUGUCAGACUCUUGUAACAGGCACCUUGCUGGAAAAGUUUGAUGUGUCCCACUUAGUUGUACCCAGUACUGCAACCCUAACUUAAUGCGCCUUAACCAUAAGGGCAUUUCUCCCAUUUCAAUAAGCAGAGCAGGGACUGGGGAAGGAGCUAUAGUUCACAAAGCGGCCUCACAUAAAACCUAAAAUUAUCAAACUUCUUCAUGAACAUUUUUAGUUUUCUUUGCAUGAAAAAUUAUCAUUUAAAUCCACAAACAACUUAUGUGUAAUCCAGGGCAUAUAAAGACUGGGACCAGAAAAUAAUUAUUUUCUCUCCAUUGACACCCAUACAUAUCUUUCGAUCUCAUAAGUCCCAUGAGCUCUACCGGAAGGGGCGUGACUUCGCCACUCUAUUUUUCCCGACCGCCCAUGAGAAAAGUAGCUACGACCGCGUGAGCUGCUCAACACACCCAUACCGGUAGUUCUUUCCUGGAGUAACAUAGUUUGCAAGCAUGGAAGUUGCUCAGUGUUGGGAUGUACAAAUGAUCACAAAAGUCUAUGUUUAGUUCCUUCAUCCGAGCCUAUUUUAUCUGGAAACGCGCCAAACAUUUCGCCGACUUCCUCAACUUGGUCCAAUACAAAGCUGGACUUGCUGAACGUCUGGAAAUGGAGUCCGGAUAAGUUCCAACACUCCUCGGCUCAGCUACAAACCUCGGACAACUGCUUCUCUCAAGGGAUGUUGCCUGCCAUACAGACUACCUGGUAACAAAUAAUGUAGCCACACGGCUAUCCUUAAAGACUUUGCUGCCCCAUUUUACAAGUGAAGAAUUUGAAGAACAUAGCCCGCAGCGCAGCGGCACCUCAGAGAGUCUGGGUGUGGACGCCCCUGGCUCCUCCCACAUGUCCAGUCACAGCAGGGAGCUGCGGAUCCUGAGCGUUUACGGAAAAGGGGAGGGCCCACUGGCGGUGGACGGCCAUGACACCCUCUUCACCGCGUCCGAAGUGGAGGCCCUGAACUCGCUGUCUGCGGACCACAGCGUGGUCAAGAGCCUGGAGCGCGGCGAGCGGCUUGUCUGCCGCGAGGAGCUGAGUGUGCAGCAGCAGACCCCAGACACCAUUUCAAUCAAGGUUGAAGAGGAUAUUGGUGGAGGCAUGCCUGCUGUAGAAGACUGCGAUGCCUUUGGAGACCGUAGCACGCAGCGCGGCGCCACCUCGGAGAGUCUGGGUGUGGACGGCCCUGGCUCCUCCCACAUGUCCAGUCACAGCGGGGAGCUGAAGAUCCUGAGCGUCUACGGUAAAGGGGAGGGCCCACUGGCGGUGGACGGCCAUGACACCCUCUUCACCUCGUCAGAAGUGGAGGACCUGAACUCGCUGUCUGCGGACCACAGCGUGGCCAAGAGACUGGCGCGCGGCGAGCGGCUGGUCCGCCACGAACAGCUGAGUAUGCAGCAGCAGACCCCAGACACCAUUUCAAUCAAGGUUGAAGAGGAUAUUGGUGAAGGCUUGCCCGCCGUAGAAGACUGCGAUGCCUUUGGAGACCGUAGCACUCAGCGCAACGCCAACUCAAAGAUUCUGGGUGUGGACGCCCCUGGCUCCUCCCACUGGUCCAGUCGUAGCGAGGAACUGAUGCAGACCCCAGACACCAUUUCAAUCAAGGUUGAAGAGGAUAUUGGGGGAGUCUUGCCCGCCGUAGAAGACGGCAUUAACAUUAGAGACUGCAGCACGCAGCGCGGCGCCACCUCGGAGAGUCUGCGUGUGGACGCCCCUGGCUCCUCCCACAUGUCCAGUCACAGCGGGGCGCUGAAGAUCCUGAGCGUCUACGGUAAAGGGGAGGGCCCACUGGCGGUGGACGCCCAUGACACCCUCUUCACGGCGUCAGAAGUGGACUCGCUGUCUGCGGACCACAGCGAGGCCAAGAGCCUGGAGCGUGGCGAGCGGCUGGUCCACCGCGAGGAGCUGAGUGUGCAGCAGACCCCAGACACCAUUUCAAUCAAGGUUGAAGAGGAUACUGGUGGAGGCUUGCCUGCCGCAGAAGACUGGGAUGCCUUUGGAGACCGUAGCAAUCAGCGCAACGCCACCUCAAAGAUUCUGGGUGUGGACGCCCCUGGCUUCUCCCACAUGUCCAGUCGUAGAGAGGAACUGGUGCAGACCCCAGACACCAUUUCAAUCAAGGUUGAAGAGGAUAUUGUUGGAGGCAUGCCCACCGUAGAAGACGGCAUUAACAUUAGAGACUGCAGCACGCAGCGCGGUGCCACCUCGGAGAGUCUGCGUGUGGACGCCCCUGGCUCCUCCCACAUGUCCAGUCACAGCGGGGCACUGAAGAUCCUGAGCGUCUACGGUAAAGGGGAGGGCCCACUGGCGGUGGACGCCCAUGACACCCUCUUCACCGCGUCAGAAGUGGAGGCCUUGAGCUCGCUGUCCGCUGACCACAGCGUGGCCAAGAGCCUGAACUGCAGCGUGAGGCUCGUCCGCCUUGAGGAGCUGACUGGGCAUCAGGGCGGCCGCAAGGGCCGGCCCGGUGUCUUGUGUGGAAAGGUUAUUCCCAACAAUGCCAAUAUGAUCGUCCACAUGAGGACCCGACCAGUCGAGAAGCGGUACGGGUGCGAACAAUGCACGAAGAGCUUCACUUACCUAUUCAAACUGAAGAACCACAUGAGGACUCACACCGGCGAGAAGCCCUACAGCUGUGACCAAUGCACGAAGAUCUUCAGUCAGCAUUACGAACUGAAGAACCACAUGAGGACUCACUCCCGCGAGAAGCCCUACAGCUGUGACCAAUGCAUGAAGAGCUUCAGUCAGCAAUACGAUCUGAAGAACCACAUGAGGACUCACACCGGCGAGAGGCCCUACGGGUGCGACCAAUGCAUCAAGCGCUACAGUCAGAAAGGCAAGCUGAGCAUCCACAUGAGGACUCACUCCGGGGAGAAGCCCUACAGGUGUGACCAAUGCGCAAAGCGCUACAGUCACAGCUCCACCCUCAAGAUCCACAUGAGGACUCACACCGGUGAGAAACCCCACAGGUGUGACCAAUGCACGAAGUGCUUCAGUCAAAGUGAACACCUGAAGAGCCACAUGAAGACUCACACCGGGGAGAAACCUUACAGCUGUGACCAUUGCACAAAGCGCUUUGCUCGGCAUUGCAACCUUAAUGUCCACAUGAAGACUCACACCGGUGAGAAGUUUAAUUUCUAACACAAGGUUAGUUUUGUUUCUAACAUGAGAAUCAGGCUCUUUGUCCAAAAUUCCGAACUACCCCUUUAAAGGGAUGCUUUGACGCCUGUAUCCACGUGCUGCUUUUUUUUCAUCGUGAUUAAACGCUUUCCAACUUUUGAUUCGCCAUGUUUUUAUUUUUGAGAAAUGAUGUCUGAGAUGAAAAAUAACUUGGUUAGAGGACACGUCUGACUGCAAAACAUUUGAUAUAUCUUUAGAGCUUAAUCAAAAAACCUUUCUCACAUGCACACCCAUCGCGAGUGACGGCUAUGCGCACACAUGCACACCCAUAGCGAGUGACGUAGGACGUAAAGUCCCGGUAAGUCCCGCCCAGGUCGAAGUGGCGUCGAUUUAGAGAGUCAGACCUUGGGUGUUUUGAAAGGCGCCUCUAAAUUAAAUGUAUUAUUAUUAUUAUUAUUAAUCAUGGGAAGAAACAGGCAGCAAAGUUACCAAGCAUUUGCUCAAUUGCAAACGCAAACUAUCUUAAAACCUUUCAAUUAGACGGCACGGGAGGUAUCUCUAGUGCCAAGGAGAAUGUAUAUAAAUUACUUUAAAUUGACUUAAUUAUGUAAACGGGGUUCAUAUCAUUUUUAUACAACGGGGGACCUAAAUCCAGCGAUCUGAUUGGUUCCCAACUGUUGUAUAAUGAGCAUAUACAUAACUGCUAUGACGCCCGAUCAUUUUGUGAAAGUUUGCAUAUCAUUCCGCGCCUGGAAGUAGAAACGGUUACAAAGUAAAACAUGUGUUGGAUGAUGGAGAGGGUGUCAAUGUUGUUACUCUGGGAGUGAGUAAGGCGAUGGAGAGACUAACGAAAGCUUAGGCACACGGCGAGUUAACCGCUCCAUAGGAUAAAUUGCCGGCGAACCGCUCUAUCGGAGCCUUCUCUCGGAGGGACGCUAAAGUGUGUUGCAUAGCGACCGUCGAUGCAUAGCGGCAGCCAGGAGGGAUACUUUUUUGUAUUCUUUAACAAAACAGCUACUUUGACUUUCUUUGUUUCUUUUUAAAUGUAGUGUGUCUAUGACUUUCGUUUUGCCAUAACAGUAACCGUUGUAUAAAAGCAAUAGAUCACUUCAGUCAGUGGCAUUUGGUCAUUAUACCACUGUGAAGGGGGUCGCCGGCCCUGGUUUAAUGAGCACAUACCACAGCCUGGCGUCAUCUAUUGCUUAAGCAUACAAUUGUAUAUUGAAGCUACGCUUGAUAUUUCCACAACUAGGCUAUGUCAUUACCUCUACCUUUGUUAUUAGAAAAAGCCUGCAAAGUUCACUUUAAUCGUUAGACUGCAAUUAAACCCCACAUUAUACAUGAUUGUUUGUUUCACUUACCUUUUGGCAUGUCCUUAAUGCCAUCUACCUCUUGUUUUGACUUUCUAAUUGCUGUAUUUCUACUGCCAUUAUUUACUAGUUCAUAUCUUGGAUACUAUCACAAUCUGCAAUCGUGGUUGAAGAUCGUCCACUUAAAAAGGUCACUGGUUAAAUGUCUAGAUCUCAGUGAUGCUUGAGUCAGUUCAUUCCGGUCCUCUCUAGAAUGCAGCAUUAUUCUAAUGGGACAGUGAGAAGAUUCCUAGCAUUGGGCACCCUUCACUCCUUGUUUGUCUGACGAAAGUUAAACGAAAACCUAAUAAAUGUAUCAUGUAAACUUCAA